GCGAAAACUAUGAUGAAGGUUAGGGGUGGAUUCUUACACAACAAGAUUAACAUCACAGUCAUGUUUCAGAUCAAUCUGAGUGCUUUCAGACAUUUUUAAGGGUAACUGUCGUGGAACUUUCAGAGAACCGAUGAAGAAAAUGUUUCUCAAAUUUGUUUUGUGCUGUUUGUAUUUGUGGCGUCCGGUUGGUGCGUUUGGUCAUUUGCGUCAUGUGUCAGUGAAGGAGGGAGAUUCAGUCACUCUAAACUCUGGUCUUACUGAAAUACAGACAGAUGAUGAGAUAGUGUGGAGGUUUGGAUAUAAUGGCUUUAUCAUAGCUAGAAUCAACAAUGUGACCAAAAGUAUAUCUUACGAUCAUUAUUGGAGUCUUGCUGAAAGACUGAAGCUGGAUCAUCAGACUGGAUCUCUAACCAUCACAAACAGCAGAAUCUUGGAUUCUGGAAUUUAUGAAGUUGAGAUCAGGCACAGCAGUUUUGAAACUAUAUACAGAUUUGAAGUUGGUGUCUAUGAAGUGUUUCCUGAGAAAGAGACAGAGAAGUCGGUGUUGGAGGGAGAUUCAGUCGCUCUACACACUGGUCGUACUUAUCUGAAUGAUGAUUGGAUUCAGUGGUGGUUUUUAAAAAAAAACUAUUUAAUAGCUGAACUCAAUGUGCCGGAGGACAGAUAUAUUGUAUACGAUGAUGUUCUUGAUGGGAGAUUCAGAGACAGACUCAACCUGGACAAACACACUGGAUCUCUAACCAUCACAAACCUCACAACUCAACAUGCUGGAGUCUAUGACCUAGAUUUCAACACUAUGAGCAGACGUUCUUUUAGUCUCACUGUCUACGCUCAUCUGCCUGUUCCUGUCAUCAGCAGUAACUCUUCACAAUGUUCUUCAUCAUCAUCUUCUUGUUCAUUGUUGUGUUCAGUGGUGAAUGUGAGUGAUGUGACUCUCUCCUGGUACAAAGGAAACAGUUUAUUGUCCAGCAUCAGUGUGUCUGAUCUCAGCAUCAGUCUCUCUCUACCUCUGGAGGUGGAAUAUCAGGAUAAAAACACCUACAGCUGUGUGAUCAACAAUCCCAUCAGCAACCAGACUCAACAUCUGGACAUCAGCAAACUCUGUCACACAUGUUCAGAUUCUCUGAAGCUGUGAUCUGAUUGGUCCUCUCUGCUCUGGAGGGCGUGGCUACUGUCAUUGUUCUGGUUCAUGACAUCAGAUCCAGAGGAGCUGAACAAAAUCAAGCACAUAUUCACACAUCAGAAGCCUAAAUGAUGAUGUUGUUUCCCAAAUUCAUAUAUUCAUAUACUCAUAUGCUUCAUAUACUCAUCUGCUAGUAUUGAUGUUCAUUUAUCAAAGACGGUGUUUGAACCAAUUAUCUUUUGGCGGCUUUAGUUGCAUGUUUAGGGUAUCAUUACAUUGCUCCUUUGUUAAUAAUCAAAUAUUUCAUUAAUAUAUUCCCAAAUAAAAAUCAUUAAUUUCACAGCAUUACUUAAGCAAUUCUUACUUAAGCAGUUUUUACACUAACUACAAUGUAAAUGCAUUCAUGCCACCUCUGAGCAGUAUUAAACAGUCUGUGUAAAUAUACCUAAAAGCCACUAAAGAUGCAGCUUUAAGAUGUAGCCUUAAAAUUGUAUGUGUAAUAACUUCUAAAAUUUCUUUCUAAAGUUACAUUUUGUAAUAUCCA